AUAGUAAGCAGACACCGCCAUUUUGUGUACUUUUACCUGAACAAGUAAACUUGCUAGUUGCAUUCGAUGUGAUUGUGUUUUUUUUUUGUGGAUAAUUGUGUUUUUUAAGGAUGGCCGGGCGAGUCACAUCCUGUGUUCUCAUUUUUAUUUUAGGUCUAAGUGGAGUUUACUCCGAAAAUGAAACUGCACCAGCGGCAAGCGACUCAAGCAUAGUCAUGCAAACUGGCAUAUGCAGGAGAUGUAUAUGCAAAGACAACAAGGUGGACUGCAGUGAGCAAGGUCUAACGAAGUUUUUCCAUAAGAACGAGUGGGAAGCUCUUCAAGAAUUCGCGCCAACAACCGUGGAUAUGAGCGACAAUUCCUUCGAGAACAUCACCGAGAUUGGCAAUUUGACUUCCAUCGAAGUUCUGAACCUGACCCGCUGUGGAAUCGAGUUUCUAGAUAAUGCCAGCUUCAGAGACCUGCAAAGGAUGAGAGUACUGGAUCUGAGUCAUAACAAGCUGACUUCAAGGCUAAGCCCGCAUGUUUUUGAGGGUCGCUACUCACCUGAAAAGUACGAGCCUCUGGAAUCCAUGCGUGUGCUCAGUCUAGCAUACAACGACAUCCAUUCGCUCCACCAGGAUCUCUUCGAGCAUUUACCAGAACUGACCGAGUUGGAUCUCAGUGGGAACCCGCUGCUAACUAUCGACUACCCGACCCUGGUGGCUAUAUCUAGCUUGCCUAUGCUCAAGGUAUUCCGCAUGCGUUCCUGUCAGCUCACAGAGAUCCCAGACAAAUUUCUCCACACCCCCCGCUACCUCGAGCGUUUGGAUCUCAGCGACAACCUCCUAAAAGCAGUCCCUCAAGAACUGGAGGAGACCAAGAACUUGCUGUACCUGAACCUCAACCAGAACCCCAUUCAGGAACUGGACAUGGACUCUGAGGAGUUUCCUGGCUUUCCCCGCCUGCGUAAGCUGAAGGAACUUCACAUGUGUAACAUGCACUCUCUAAAACGCAUCGGUCCUGAAGCGUUGUCAGGGCUGGAGAACUUGGAGAAACUGCACUUGAGUUUCAACCCUCAGCUGUCUGAGUUGAGUCCCAGGGCUUUGGCCAGGCCUGAUGAUAUCGGCGAGACGUAUGAUUGGCCGUUGAUUUCUGAGCUGUACCUCCAAUCCAACAACCUCCCUGAGAUCGACCGCCUGCUCAUCUCUCGCUGGGACCUGGUCAAGGUGGUGGACGUAUCAGACAACCCGUUCAUGUGCGACUGCUCGACCCAGUGGAUGGUGGACAUGCUGGUGCCUGUGGUUGACAAGAUCAGUCCCAACACUUCUAGCAGGAUGGUUUGUAACGAGCCGAUCGAGAUGCGAGGCCUCACGAUGCAGCAUCUGAACAGCAUCCACCGUCACAUGCGCUGCGUCGACAAAUAUGGACACAGACCCGAGAAGGACGGCGCCAUUCUGCUGGGAACUCUCAUCGGUGUCCUUCUAGCAGUACCAGUAAUGCUAUCCCUCAUGCUGCUAUGGAACCGCGGUUACUUCGCCUGCAUCGGUCUGAGGGGUCCUACCAGUGAUUCCCGUGCGUUCUACAAGAGGGCGCCACAUGACGACAACUUCAUGUAGAUGUCGCUUCACGCAUUUUUUAUAAUAUAGAAUUAAAAAUUAAGAGAAAUGUAAAAAAAAGAAAGAGUGAUGACAACUUCAGGUAGAUACUUCAAGCGUUUUUAAAAAUAGAGACAAAAUUAAGGAAGUGUUUAAUUAAGAGAAAAAAAAUAAGUAAAACGAGAAAUAAAAUAAAGAUGUGAUUGCAAAAACUUCCAAAAUAUCUAGAUGCUGCUUUUUAUUGGUAAAGAUAAAGAACAUAAGUAUUUAACUGAUUUUUAAGGCAUUUUAAUGUGUGACAAAAAAGUAUGAUUAU